AUGAAAGUUUACUGUAUUAGCCUUAUUCUUCUAUUUUUCUCAUUGUUGGGAAUAAUUUCAUCUCAAUCUGAAACGAUUAAUGAUGAACAACAACUUAUCAAUGAAGGACGAAUAUUACCAGCUUUAGUAACAAUUGUACCUCGACUUGUAGCUGCUUUAGGACCACGGGUUUAUCUAUUCGUUACAUGUAUGGGUGCAGAUUUUACAUUACAAUGUGGCCAAAAAAUGCUUGAUUGUUCCACACGUGGAAAGGCUCCUUGGGAUUGUAUUGGUGGUCUUACAUGCAGUGGUAAAUCAGCUUUAAAAUGUGCCAGAACAGCUGGUUAA